CUUUUCUCCUUCAACAGGUCAAAGAAACAAACCAUAACACUGCUUAGCAUUAUCACACCUCCACGAUGGUGAUGUCUACCUUUCUGAGCUUCAUUUUCCCGCCGCCUCCUUCUCUGGUGGUUUCUACCAUGUCAGUGAUAAGCCUCGUCUCACUGGCAAAUGCUGGUUUGUCAGAAAUUAGAGGGAAGCAUUUGAACUAUUCCAAGUUUUGGAAUGUUAACCCUUCUUCGGAAAAGCAGACAAAGUUGUCAAGUAAAGCUGGCAUGCUUCUGUUAUACACUCCUGCUUUUCUUGCUGGCCUUGCUUCCUUCUGGAUCUUUCCUCAUGAAGGUCUCAGAUCCACCCUCCUUCAAUUUGCGGUUACCCUGCAUUUCUUCAAGAGGGACUUUGAGGUUCUGUUUAUUCACAAAUAUAGUGGCGGCAUGCUUCUUGAUUCUGCAAUCCCCAUCUCUCUGAGUUAUUUCCUAUCAGCUGCGACUAUGGUCUAUGCUCAACACUUAACACAAGGGCUUCCAGAACCACCAAUCAAUCUGUUGUAUCCUGGCAUUGUGAUGUUUGUGAUUGGCAUCAUUGGCAACUUCUACCACCACUACCUUCUGUCCAAUUUGAGGGCAAAGGGUGAAAAGGAGUACAAGAUUCCAAAGGGUGGCUUGUUUGGGAUUGUGAUAUGCCCCCACUACCUUUUCGAGAUUAUUCAGUUUUAUGGGAUCACCUUCAUUUCUCAGACACUAUAUGGAUUAUGUUUCUCUUUAGGCACUACAUUCUACUUGCUAGGUAGGAGUUAUUCAACUAGGAAAUGGUAUCUUUCUAAGUUUGAGGAUUUCCCUAAGAAUGUUAAGGCUAUCAUCCCAUUUGUCUUCUAAACUGGCAUAUGAACAACCAGUUUUACUUGAGUUAUAUGUGUGGUAGGUUGUGUUUUUUGGAACUGUAACUCACCAAUAUCAGAAUUUUGGUGAUUCAAUCGGUUAUUGUAACUUAGGGUGAUUAUUUGUAGUGAAUAUAUUGAAAGAGGAAAAGAAGUACCUAACUUUAUCUAA